AGGCAUCAUAAAGGUCGAGCUUCUUUUAUCGCAGUUUCGGUCCAUCACUUCUAACAUGCACCGCAUCAGCAAGCUCAGGAUCGCCGUUCGCCGCGUAUGGCGAGGAAGAGGGCUAAGCGUCAGCUGGAAUCUUAUCAAGCCAACGGGGAGACACUAACACCUGGCGUAUGCGUUUUGCUACGCGCACCGGAUCGCAACACGCCUCCGUAUAUUGCUCGAAUUGAAAAGAUAGAAGCAGAUUCCUCUAAUCGUGUCACCGUGCUUUGUCGCUGGUACUACCGUCCUGAGGAUUCUCUUGGUGGUAGACGACAAUUCCAUGGCUCCAAGGAGCUAUUCUUGUCCGACCAUUGCGAUAGGUGUCAUCCAGAGGCCGUGGAGAGCAUAUGCAGGGUUCAUACUUUUGCAGAGUACACAACCCUAGCCACAGUGGAAGACGAGGAUUUCUUCUGCCGAUUUGAGUACAAAGCAGCCAUAGGCACCUUCAUGCCAGACCGCGUCGCCGUGUACUGCACGUGCGAGAUGCCUUACAACCCUGACGAGCUCAUGAUCCAGUGCGAGAAGUGUAGGGACUGGUUCCAUCCAGAGUGCGUGAGACUUCCUUUAGAGAGAGUUCACAGCAUCAGCCAUUUCAUAUGUCCUGAAUGCACCUAGGAAUAGAGAUACGGUAAGAGAUUAAAAGGGAGUUGUGUACACCAUAGGUUUUAUACGAAGGUUACUCAUGGGUGGUAGUCUCCUGAUCUGUAGGAGAGUGUAGCUCCACGCAUUCUACUGCUGAUUCACUCUAGCCAUAUGAGUACCAGGUGUUUUUAUGUAAGCCUGCUGCUUUU